AUCGCGAAGUGUUGUGAAACAUAUGCAAGUAUCGAUGAUUACCAAAAGACCAUUAUAGAGUGCAGUAAUGGAUGGUGAGAAUCGGAUCAUUUUAAACGUUGGCGGAAUAAGAUACGAAACCUACAAGGCGACGCUGAAGAAGAUCCCCGCGACGCGGCUCUCGCGGCUCACUGAGGCGCUCGCUAACUACGAUCCUGUGCUCAACGAGUACUUCUUCGACAGACACCCCGGAGUCUUCGCACAAGUACUUAAUUAUUACAGGACAGGGAAACUCCACUACCCAACCAAUGUGUGCGGGCCACUGUUCGAGGAAGAGCUGGAAUUCUGGGGCCUGGACUCCAAUCAGGUGGAGCCUUGCUGCUGGUCUACAUACAGCAUACACAGAGAUACACAGAAUACGUUGGCGAUACUGGAUAAGUUGGACAUCGAUAGCGAGAAACCUUCAGAAGAAGAAAUCGCUAGAAUAUUCGGUUACGAAGAAGCUUAUCUCUCCGGAGAGCUGGGCGUCUGGCAAAGGAUCAAACCAAAGAUAUGGGCGCUGUUCGAUGAACCAUCCAGUUCACCCGCCGCUAAGGUGAUAUCAGUGAUAUCUGUGUUCUUCAUCUGCGUGUCAGUAUUAUGCUUCUGUUUGAAGACACACCCUGAUCUUCGGGUGUCGGAACCCUCGCUCCUCGAGGAAGAGGAUGUGCAGAAUUCCACGGCGGAGCUGGAGACCAGGCCCGCAUGGCUCGACAACGGUCAGCCGCAUGUCGCCUUCUUCUACAUUGAACUUAUAUGCAAUGUUUGGUUCACGAUUGAACUUUUAGUGCGGUCUGUGGUAGCACCGAACAUAAUAGAGUUUAUCAAAUCCCCAGUGAAUAUAAUAGACUUUAUCGCAACGCUUAGUUUUUACAUGGACGUUGUUGUAGAAUUAACUGUAGUGAAAAGAAAUAUUGAUAAAGCGGACAUUUUAGAAUUUAUUUCUAUCAUAAAAAUCCUCAGACUUUUUAAAUUGACGAGACAUAGUCCUGGUUUAAAAAUAUUAGUGCAUACAUUUAAGGCGUCUGCUAAGGAGUUGACGCUUUUAGUGUUUUUCUUAGUUUUAGGUAUUGUCAUCUUUGCAAGUUUAGUUUACUAUGCGGAGAAAUCUCAGGAUAACCCAGAGAAUCAAUUCAAGUCGAUCCCGUUAGGACUGUGGUGGGCGAUCGUUACCAUGACAACCGUAGGGUACGGUGACAUGGCGCCGAAGACGUAUCUUGGCAUGUUCGUGGGCGCGCUCUGUGCGUUGGCCGGCGUCUUGACUAUCGCUCUGCCAGUUCCCGUGAUCGUCUCAAACUUCUCAAUGUUCUAUUCACAUACACAGGCAAGAUCAAAACUGCCUAAGAAGCGGCGACGAGUUCUACCAGUGGAACAACCACGAAGGAAACGCGACGCCAGCGCCUCCAAUCGGAGGGUGAAUGCAGUUAAACAUCCAGUCGUUCUGAAGGACCUAUCGCCAGCAAACAAUAAAUUCGGUGUUAAUGGAAUGAAUAUGAUAAGCUUGGCAUUUCAAGGUCCACCAAACUUGCUCAGACCUCCGGCAACAGCUCAACCGCUACAAGCAAGAGCUCCUAUAGUCGAGAGUCCAAUCAUCAACACGCAAUGUGGUGCUAUCUCGUUGGCAUCAUUACAACCACCUCUGAUGACCGCCCCACCCUUGCAACCGCGACCUGCCACCACAGGAUCCCUUGACUUGAUGCUACCAUUACAACCCAAGCUCCUACCAGGCUACAACCUGCAAUCUUCUUUCCUCUCCAGUACACUAUCAACUGUCAGACCUCCAGAUUUACCAGAUAAGAUCAAAAAAGAAACAGAUACAUUCAAACCAAGUGUAGACGUAAUCAUUGAAAAGACAGAAUCAAUAUCAGAAAAUUCAAACAGAAAUAGUAUUGAUGAGAAUCGUGAAGAAAAUUAUGGAAAAAAUGUAACUAGAGAAGGAGAUAGUGAUGUUAAUAAUGCAAAAGAAAAUCAUAAUGUAUCAGAUCACGAUUGUAACACAAAUUUAUAUACAAAAGAUGAAAUUAAUUCAAAUAUAGACGUAACUGUUAAAACAGAUACGACUGUAGUUAGCAGUUCAAAUGUUAGCAGUCCUAAUAAUAAUUCGUGUUAG